CUGGCAGAGCACUGGCUGCCUGGUGCCAUAGGGGUUGGCGUGAUGGAGGGAGAUGCCAAUGGCCUGGGAAUCCAGGGAUUGGAUCACUACCCAGAAAGGGAGGCUGGUGGAGGACAGAGAUAUAAAGAGGGAGACUUCAUAGGACAAGAGUUGCCUCCUUCAGUGGCUGUGGGGCCAGGCAGAACCUGGCUGUCCUGACUGUGCUGCUUGCAAGUGCAGCACCACAUCUGUUCAACCAUUUCCCCUUCCAGAGGGUGCUCUGGCUGCAGCUGAUCCCCCUCCACUCAGCUUCCAGCACUCACCUGGGGCAGGGACACCUUCCCAGGAAGGGGAUGCUUCAUCCCAGCAGCUUGUGGUGAUGCCCAGUUUAGGAGGGGGAUGCUCCAGCAUGUCACUGUGCUGGUGGGUGCCAUUGACCCCUUGGCAGGACUGGGGAGAGAAAGGGAAAGCCAAAAAGCCCCACGUCAGAGAGCGGAAGGAGCCAAGAGGGAAAUGCUGCAGCUCUGACAGUUGUGACUGUUGCUGUGAGCCAGGGCAGGAGGUCCCUUGCCAGCCCACAGGAAGGCGUGAGGGGUUCUCAGAAAGGAAAUGAAGACAUGGCCCUGUUGCCUCAGGAGUGGCCACAAGCCCCGGCAGAGCCUGGGGAGGAGCUGAGCUGCUGAGAUAAGGGGACUGGAGUGAGGUGGGACAGCCAGGGGUGGUCAGGAGACCCCACAAAGCAGCAUGAACCUGUUCCUGGGCACCAUCCUGCUGCUCCUGAUGCCGCCUGGUGAGUGGUGGGUGAGGGGGGGACAGACAUCCUCGGUGUGGGGGGUGCCAUGGGCUUGAGGGGAAGGUUUUCACAUGGGAAGGUGUUGACCCAAAGACCAUGGUGGGGUGUUUCACCUUGAAAAGUGGACAGGCCAGAAGGACAAUCCCUGCUGGGAUGUGCAGAACUGGCAGAGGCAAGUGGAGUUGGGGGGUUUGCUGCUGGGGCAUUUUUUAAAAUCUGGAACCAGCAGCCCAGGAUCUCUUCUACAAUCCCUCUGGGGGGGGGCUGGACACAGUGGCUUUGUCCUCACCAGCCCUGAUGGCUGUCUGGGUGUUUUUGAAGCCCAUGUAACUGCAGAGCUGUUCCUUUCAAACCUGGUAGCUGCCAGAUUCUCCUGCCUCCCCUUCCCUUGUGGGCAAGGGGAGGACUCACCCUAGAUUUUGGGGUUUUCCCUCCAUUUCUUCACGUACUCUUCUUCCAGAUGUUGCCGGGGGAAAUGAGCGCUGUUCCGGUGAGUGGUGCCCCCCAUCCCCACCCUCACCCCAGUGCCCACCUAGUGCCGUGGUGCCUGGUGGUCACCCUGCUCCCAUCCUCCCCAGCUCUGGGUCGGGGUGAUGAUUCCCUCUCAUGCUGCAACGUGACAGUGGAGCCGAAGAAACGGGGCUGUGGGUUUGGGAUCCUCCAGCUGCCCCAGCGCUGCCCGGAGCUGGGGCGCUCCUACAGCUCCGCCUGUGCCUGCCUGCGGGAUCGCUGGUUCAGGGAGGUGCAGGGGCUGCACAGUCAGCUGGCUGGGCUCAAGAAGCUGCUCCUGAAUGUCAGCAGGGCUGCCGUCCGUGAUGUUCUCAUCACCUUUUCCCCCACAGAGGGCCCCAGCACACUGAACACCACAGAGAAGGGGAAGGCAGGAAAAAUCCAUCUCCCUAGGGAGAUAUUUCGGUCUCUGAGUAGCCAGAUAGUGCGUGUGGUGGUGACAGUCCUCAACAUCCAGCAGCUUGGCAUGUUCAAGGAAGUCAACCAGGCAGGGCAGGUCCUGGACAACACCGUGGUGGGCAUCACAGUGGGAAACACCAGCAUCUCCGGGCUGCGGGACCCCGUGCAGCUCACCUUCACCCACAGGCAGCUGCCCCGUGAUGUCACCCCGCAGUGUGUCUUCUGGGAUCCCAGCAAAGGGCAGGCAGGAGGCUGGCACAGCAGUGGAUGUGUCACACAGCCUGGGGACCAGAAGACAGUCUGCUCCUGUGACCAUCUCACCUUCUUCACCCUCCUCCUGAACCCAGCUCUGGACAGCCCCACAGCACAGGCCUUGAUGGCUGUUGCCACCGCUGGCUGUGGGGUAGCCAUGGCUUUUUCCAUCUUCACCAUCGCCUUCUGCCUCUUCAUAAGGUGCAGGUUCAGGUUUGAGGAGACCGUGCGCAUCAACCUGGGGCUGCACAUGAACCUCGUGGGCAGCCUGUUCCUCCUCAACCUGGCCUUCCUGCUCAGCAGUGGGCUCUCUGGGAGGACCCAGCCGGGGACCUGUAAGGUCCUGGGGGGGCUCACCCACUACUGCCUGCUCUGCUGCUUCACCUGGACGGCGCUGGAGGGCUGUCAGCUCUACCUCCUCUUCGUCAAGGUCCUUGGUGUCUACAUCCACCACUACCUGGCGAAGCUGUGCCUGCUUGGCUGGGGCUUGCCCGUUCUCGUGGUGGGAGUGGCAGGAGCUAUCGGCAGCUACGGAGAGUACAGCAUCCAGACCACGGACCACCAGGUCAUAGCCCUGUGCUGGAUCACUUCCAAACAUGUCCUGCUCCACUACAUCACCAACUGCGGCUACUUCAGCCUCAUAUUCCUCUUCAACAUGGCUCUCUUUGGGGUGGUGACCCAGAAGAGCUGCAGCUUGCAGGGCACAGGGGCAGUGCAGGGAGGCCGCAAGCCCUGGAAGGUGGCCCUAGUGGCAGCAGGGCUCUUCUGCCUGCUGGGAGCCACCUGGGCCCUGGCAUUCUUCACCCAUGGCAUCUCCUCUGCGCCCGUGCUCUACCUCUUCACCAUCCUCAACUCUCUCCAAGGAAUCUUCAUAUUCAUCUGGCUGGUCAUCCUCUAUUACCCAAAGACAAAGGAGACCACUGGCUCCCUAUCCCACAUCACCAGACAUGACAAAAACACCACAGUCUCCCAGGAGUAGCUCCUGGCUGGACCUCUCUUCCUGCCUGUGUGUGCAUCCACUGAGAGCAAUCUUUGAUCCUGGCAGAUCCAGCUUCCCCAUGGAGGGAGGAAUCAGUUUGCCACACCUGAGUUUACCCUUCAGUGGGCAUGAUCCACCUCACCAGGGCUCUUUGCUUCUGCUCUUCCAUUCCUGGUGGCCUGCCUUGGGCAAGGAGCUCCAGAGAUGACCCUUCCACCGAAGUCCCUCCAGGCUGAAGUUCCAUGGUCUUGAAGUGCCCCUGAUCUUAUCCCCCAAAGGGCUAUUGAAGGGAUGAGGAGGGAGCCCAUGAACUGCUCACCUUCAGCUGUGAUGGAGCCAUCCUCCUCUUCACUAGAGAUGGCCUUUGGUGCUGAACCAGCCCAGCAAUGGGUUUCCUACCAUUGGAAGGAGAGGAAUGACUCGCUCCAGACAUGGGAGGUUCAGGUCUGGGAGCCAGCAAAAAAAAGAGAAAUCCCGUGAGUUUCUUGGCAAUACAUCUCCUGCUCUCUGGCAGGGAUCUGCAGGGUGUGUUUCCUGAAAAACACCUGCAGGGGCCAACAAUGAUUCCUGCAUGGAUGCUGUGCUUCAGCUGAAAGCUCACACACAGUCACCUCGCAGGGCAACUGCUUGUCUUCUCCUGAUCCAUGUUUCAGUAUUAAAUCCCUACCAGCUCUCUGA